AUGGAUCUCAUCGCUCUGUCAAGUGAGGACGAUGAGCUUUUUGUCUACCGCCUGAAUGGACAGAAGGUUCUAGGCGGCUCAUUCAAAGGCGAUCCCUAUCUCGAUGAGGAUGAUGGUGGUGGCGAGAUUCGAGGAUUGAAGUGGAAGAAUACCGGUCAUCUGUUGUCUGUGGCUUGCGCUGACAACACUAUUCGGGUCAUCAGCGCUUACAGCGGGAAGACGGUUCACCAUUACCCUGCUUAUCAGUCCGAGGGCGAAUCAUCACCGCCUGUCAAGGUGACUUGCUUAGGCUGGGGAGUGAAUUUCACCGACACCAAAGCAGCCAAGAGGCAUUUGCACGACGCUGCCGGGCAAGUCAGCGUUGAUGACCUCUUGUCACCGGACAAUCAUCCGUCCAAAGCAGCAGCUUUGCUUAAGGCUGACUUACCAAGAGAGUUAGCAUUACUUGAUGUUGAGUCUUCACUCCCAAAACUAAGCACAUUACCGGCAACAGGCAGCGAUGAUGAUGUAUUCAGUUCGCGGGCGUCUAUUGACGCCAUAUUUCAUGCUAUCUCAAAAAGCGCUAGCGACGCAGUGGAUGUAUUGUUAGUAGGAUUUGAUGAUGGAACCGUUCACCUGCGCAUCUUCGACUGUUUCGAGAUUGGCUCUCUUCAGGUCGGAGGUUCUAUUGGUUAUUCUGGCCCUUGCCAGAUCCUUCGUCAUGCCUCUCAUCCGCUCAGCUCGACACACGCAUUAUUGGCGCUGGCGCCGGAGGCCACCUCGAGCGCUCUCCAUCUCCUCACACUUGAUCUUCGCUUCAUUACCCGGUCAGGGAGAUAUCUCUCUCUCCUUGCGCACAAGACGACGCAGCUUCAAAAUUUGCUGCGAUACAUAAGUCAGGUGCAGAGGCAGAUUGAGCUUGAAUGGAAGAACGCACAAGAAUUGCCGACACGCUAUAUGCGUAGUGUUAAUGAGGACUUGCAGGAAAAAUGCCACUGCGACUUUGUCACAGCUGCGUAUCACCUGGUUGUUACCGGGGAUUGCUUCGAGCCAUUAAAGGAAUUCCUGGUGGAUAUUGUUGGCGAAAGGGGACACAAGAGAUGGGAAAAGGCUGUUUCUAGCGGCUAUGAAAAUGUCCGACGGUUAACCCACGAAUGCCUUCUUCCCGCUCUGGAGAGCUGUUUCUCUAGAUGGCUCCGCCAUGAGAUAGACAUGCAAAGUGCGGAACCAAUGUCACAAACUCUAGAGGAGCUCAUGGAGAAGACAGACAUGGUCGAAUACCCCCAGACACUGAAAUACAUACGAGGCGCUCUUACCAAGAGCAAGUUGCGGAAAUUUAUUCAGCAACUUCCCAUGAUGGGGAUGCCAAGGCCACCUACCACGUCCUCAGAUAAAUGGGCUCCAACUGGCCAGGACAGAUCAUUCUAUGACACGUUCAGAAAGCUUCUUGAGCAGAGUGAUAGCCCCGAGGAGGCCAACUCGGUUGAACUACCCAAGAUGAACGACCUUACGAAGCGAUUGGGACUACAGUUCGAGAGGGUCUUUGGGCAGAUCGCACUAACACAACGCCGGGGAAUCCUUCAUCGAUCACCAUUGGCUCUUCAUCCCGACUGUGAUAAGGAUGUUAUCGAUAUUGUGAUGUGCAACGAGGAUACCGAGAGGAAAGACCAAUGUGUUGUCUACAUUGCUACUAGAUCCACCAAGAAAAAGCACCUGCUCUGUUUCUAUCGCGUUGAAUUGGACUCCGAAAAUGGUGUCAGUUCCACUCGACGCAUAUCUACCGGGGCCCUCGAUCUGCAGGAAGGAGAAGUCCGACAGGUUCAGUUCGUUGAGGAUGAUACAGUCGUAGUCUUGUGGUCGAACAAUAAAGGAACCUUUUACCUUCUCAGCCUUCCUUUCCAGCCUGCAACGACAAUGAGACCUGGCACGCUUACCGAGUCCAUGGCGCUUUGUCCCGUGGAAUAUCAUGAUAGCCUGCAGGAGCCUACAUCGCCCGACCCAGUUACAACCGCAACAACGGCCGUGGAUCUUAUGUCUCCAGAUUCAUCAUUUGCGGGUCUUAUCAAGCAUACUUUCAUUGGAACGAAAGUGAAAGCAAAGCCCAUUAGAGUUGAUGUCAAUGGCAGACGCGGUCGCCGGGCAAUCUGCGUACUGUAUGGCGAUGCUAUGCGAUAUGGAGUGUUAGACUUAGAUGCGGAACUGGAGGAUGAGGAUGAAGAGGAAGACGAGGAAGACAUGGAGGAACUGGAGGAAUGA